CUUUUUCCCAGCCGGGGGAGGUACUCCUCUGCCUGGAGCCCAGCGCCAGCCCCGUAGGUCUUCGGCUUCCUGACCGAGACAGAGACGCACGCUAGGGAGCUGGUGGCCCAGCCGGGUCGCGCCGCCCCCAGCCUCGGGGCCGAGAGCCAAGAGUUCGAGGCCUCCCUAUCCGGAUAUGAUGAAAAGGAGCAACAGAGGGAGAAGUGUUUCUGGCCUGUAGGAGUGGUGGAAGAGGGGAAAGAGAGGCAGAGGGGGGAAAAGUCCCCCUCGGAGGGGAACCGGCCUGGCUGAGCUGGCUGGAAAGAAGGGGCGGAGAGCACCAGUCACAGGAGCGGCCGCGCUGCGGUUGCCGCUGCUGCGGUGUCUGCUGAGCCGGAGGGAGGCGGGGGCCACUCAGGGGCAGCCGCCGCCGUCAGUCUGCCGAAACCUGUGGCCCCUGCCUGAGCCUCGCUAAAGGCGGAAGAGGAGGAAGAGGAAGGGGCUUUGAGCGAGUUGGGGGGAUGCCGAGAAGCAGUUGGUUCCCUCCACUCAACAUCUCCCAGCCCUUCGUGCUUCUGCCCCACAGGGCGGCGAGCUAGGCGGAGGCGCGGCGAGGGCUCGGUGGAGCGGCCCAUGUCCGGCGCGGGCGAAGCCCUCACUCCCGGGCCCCAGCGCGGGGCCGAGGAGGGCGGCGGCUGGCUGGGUGCCCCAGCCCAGGAAAAAUGUGAUAAAGAAAAUACUGACCGAGAUAUUACUCAAGCCACCAAUAGCUGCUUCACACAUGGAGAGAAGCAAGACCAGUCCAUUUGGGGAAAUUGUUCGGAUGAUGAACUCAUCAGAACCCAACCUCAGCGCUUGCCGCAGCUUCAAACUGUAGUGCAGGAAAGUGAGGAGGAAAUAGGCAAGAUAAAGAAUGGUCACCCAAGUCUGAGCAAUGGAAAUGGAAUCCACCACGGGGCCAAACAUGUAUCUGCCGAUAAUCGAAGACUGUCAGCACCUGUUUCUCAAAAAAUGCAUAGAAAAAUUCAAUCCAGCUUGUCUGUCAACAGUGACAUCAGUAAGAAGAGCAAAGUAAAUGCUGUCUUUUCCCAGAAGACAGGCUCUUCACCUGAAGAUUGCUGUGUCCACUGUAUCCUGGCCUGCCUGUUCUGUGAAUUCCUGACGCUCUGCAACAUUGUCUUGGGACAAGCCUCGUGUGGCAUCUGCACCUCAGAAGCCUGCUGCUGUUGCUGCAGAGACGAAAUGGGAGAUGACUGUAACUGCCCUUGUGACAUGGACUGUGGCAUCAUGGAUGCCUGUUGUGAAUCAUCAGACUGUUUGGAAAUCUGUAUGGAAUGCUGUGGAAUUUGUUUCCCUUCAUAAAUAUUUAUCUUCUGUGUGUUAAAACUGGAGAGUGUUUCAAAAUUUUUCUUAAGGAGGAAGAAAAAGCACAUGGUAAGAUUUUCAUCAAAUAACUCAGUAUUUGCACUGUUAACUCAUUAUUGUAGGUAAUCUCUGAAAGCCUUUUUUUUUUCUUUUCUAACCAAAUCAACAUGGUUUAAUAUGUGAAAUUUUAACUCCUUUUAAACUUCUUAAUAGGUGACAAUGACUGAGGGACAUUUUGACCCAAAAAAAAAAAAAAAAAAAAAAAGACAGAAAAGCAAAAUGUCUCCUCCUUUUUAUACUAUUUACAUUUCUUUUAACCAGUCUUAGGAGCCCCUAUUCCUAAUGUAUUAUUUCUCAAUGGGUAUUUAAAUCAGUCCUUUUAUUUUUGGUGUUUAUUAAUGGUUAAAAGUAAGGGUUCUUUAAGCUUUGGGAAACAAAUCCACACCAUGGUUGGGCAUCCCGUGUUCACCUCCACGCUCUGUUCUCUCCUUGCUCGGUGGCCAGUGAGUGCCUACUCUGUGUAAUUUCUAGCUGUAGUACAGAGGUGGAUGCCAUUCAGCUCCCAUCCAGGAGAACAUCCCCAGAUUACCAGAGAAAAGAGGCAUGUAAAGAAUGAGCCAGUCCAUGGAGCAUACUGAAGUGAGCAUUAAGAGAGAGAGAAACUCAAGAGGCUGUAGGAUACACAGAAAAGAAUAUCUAAUGUCUACUAGAAUCUUCAGAAGGCUUCCAGGGAAAUGUGGCAUUUAAGGGGGCCUCUUAGGAUUAGUGAUUCAUCUCCUGCUUUAAUGAACUAGAUUUAGGACCAAGUUUUAGGUGGCUAGCCUGAGCUGUGUGUGCCCUUGAGCAGUUACAAGAAUAACGCCUUCAGUCUGUAUUUUCUUUAGUUGCAGCAAGCCACCUUUCUUCUUAAACUGUAAAAUUUAAACUAACUAAAAACAUGCAUUUUACACAUAAAUUUAGAUGUUAUAAAGUUUUGAUUAACAACAUGAUGCUUUAUAAAAAUAGCUACAUGUCAUGAAGAAUGUGGAAUACUUUUGACAGAUUUCACUUAAAUUAGGAGGCUUUUUUCAUAUGAAAAUCCCAGCAUCCUGAUUUUGAUUUAUUUAAAAGUUUCCUUUUAAGAGCUUUAUUUUUUUGGAGGGGGUUGUUUGGUUAGGACACAAACCAAAAAGCCCCCCCCCCCAAUAUUUUAUAAACAGAGUUUAUCUUCAUUGCAAAUCAUGGCUUCCAAUGGAGUGGGAAUCUAGA